AAGUUAGUUGUUCUCUAUUCAUUGCAUGGACAGUUCGAUCUCAUUAGUUCAACCUCAGGUAUUUGAAAUGAAGAGUUUGUUACUGUGAGCUCGUGACCCUUCGAGUCACGAGUCCCCAUGUUUUAUAAUUGACUGGCGGCUAGCGGAGUCUGGGAGCGCUAUUUCCUGUCAUUGUCGAGGCGGUCGUGAGCAGGAAGUCGGAAAAGAGACCAGAAACUGGGUGGGCAGGGCCAUUUAAAAAUACCUGCUGCCUUACAAUAACGGGACCACAGACAGCACGGGGCAGCGCUUUGGCGACUUCGCGCAGAGGAGAUGACAUGCUUGAUGUAAAGUCUAUAUUUAUUAUGCAGUUGCUCUGCGCUCUAAAGUAGCUACUAAUUAAACAAACGUGGUUGGGGAACAUCUGCCUGUCACCACUUCUCAUUCAUAAACAAUAUAUGACAUGAGGACUGAAUGCAUGGAGACAGAAAUGUGAUGUAACGCAAAAGAAGCGACAUUCUGCGUAUCUGGAUGCACUUGGACGACGAGGUUGACGUCUCCAGUACGUUAAAAGGCAGGUGCAUUUUUGCGCACGCUUGAAUUGCUUUGGCAACAACGCUGUUAAUUUUUUAGGACACUGAUGGUCUUUCAGUAGUAAGCACUACAGACGGCGAGUGUGGGGCAUAUUUGACGUCAAAGUGCGCAUAUCAAAUGCACAGAAUUAUUCCUGAACCACUUAUUUAAUAUGGCAUCUACAAUAGAGAGGAAGACAUUGGAAGCGAACGAGGAACCAGUCGACGAGGUGCUUCAGAUGCCCCCAUCACUGCUGACAUGUGGCGGCUGUCAGCAGAGCAUCGGGGACCGUUUCUUCCUCAAGGCCAUAGAGCAAUACUGGCAUGAGGACUGCCUGAGCUGUGACCUCUGCGGCUGCCGCUUAGGGGAAGUGGGCCGCAGGCUUUACUACAAGCUUGGCAGGAAGCUGUGCAGGAGAGACUACCUGAGACUGUUUGGUCAAGAUGGGCUCUGCGCUUCUUGUGAAAAGAGGAUCCGGGCCUUUGAAAUGACAAUGCGUGUCCGUGACAAAGUAUACCACCUGGAAUGCUUCAAAUGUGCUGCCUGUCAGAAACACUUCUGUGUGGGAGAUCGCUACCUGCUCAUAAAUUCGGACAUUGUGUGCGAGCAGGACAUUUUCGAGUGGUCCAAACUUAAUGGAAGCAUGUAAUUUUCUCCUAAAUUGUAAUUAAAAACCUCCUAACAUCUGCAACAAACAAUUUACUCAUUUGAAUUCGACUAUGUACUUUUUUGUAAAAAAAAAAAAAAAAAAAAAAGCAAAGAAUUAUCUUUCUUGCUCAAGGAGCAACCACCAUGAACUAUCAUGAAUUUUAUGAAUUGUCUUUUUUUUUUUUUCUUUUUUUUUUGGUUAUUCAAACUUUGGAAAAUUGCCACCAGCAACAUGAAAUAGCUUUUUUAUUGAUCUAUUAUUUUUUUUUUAAUCUAAUAACAGCAUAAAUACAGUUUGUAAUGUAUUGCAAUACAAGCAGAUUACGUUUUCUACUAUGUAUCAUAGAAAGUUAGUUUUGAACUAUAAACAGUGUUAGUUUUUUGUUUAGUAACACAAUUUCCACAAAAUAUUACGAGAUCUUUCUUACAGUGUUAAUAAACAAAUGUACUCAGUU